UAUGUACGACUACUUGGAGCUGCGUGAUGGCUCCACUUCCAAUGCUGGCUUCAUUUCCCGGCUCUGUGGCAACACCCGACCAUCUACCCAACAUUCAACAGGUUCCUCCAUGCUGCUCAGGUUUCGUACCGACAGCAGUGUCACACACAAAGGCUUCAAGGCAAAGUACUCCAUAGCAACAUGUGGAGGUACCUACAUAGGUCAGCGGGGUAUGAUCCACAGCCCUGGCUUCCCAGGAAACUAUCCCGACAGCUCCAUCUGUGAGUGGUACCUGGAGGGGCCCACCGGGCACUACCUCACUCUCAGCUAUGGGAACUUCAGCCUGCAGGCCGCUCCAGGAUGCUCUGCUGACUAUGUGGAGGUUAGAGAGUACAAUGCCUCAGGGCGCCUACUGGGCCGAAACUGCGGCAGCAACCUCCCAGCUUCCAUGGACACGUCCAACAGUUUUGCUUAUGUCAGGUUUGUCAGUGAUGCUAGCGGAAGCGCAGCUGGCUUCAGUCUGUCUUUUGAAGCCAGUGUUGAAGCCUGUGGAGGAGAGCUGAAUGCCCCCUCCGGAACUAUCUCCUCUCCCAAUUACCCCAACUUGUACCCACACAGCCGGGUGUGUCGCUGGGAGCUGGUGGUGUCACUAGGCCGCCGGGUCACACUCACAAUCGAUGACCUACGGCUAGAAGAUUCUGGUGCUUUCUGUGCUUUUGACUACGUUGAUGUUCUGAACGGGUUGGCAGCUGAUGCCCCUUACCUGCAGCGAUUCUGUGGUACAGUACCAGCAGGCACCCAGGUGAGCUCCUCUGGCAACACCAUGGCCAUUGUGUUCCACACUGACGCCUCUGUGUCCAGUGGUGGCUUCAUGGUUUCUUACUCCUCUGAGGAGCCUGCAGAGUGUGGCGGUGUCCUGAACAACCCAGCCGGUGGGAACUUCACUUCCCCUGGGUACCUGGUGUCCAACUACAGCAACAACCUCAACUGUGAGUGGCUGAUCCAGAACCCACAGCACAUCAAUUCCUCUAUUGUGGUGCUGAUAGAAGACCUGUGCCUGGAGAACCACCAGACUUGCGAGUCAGACUACCUCCAAUUCCGCUUAAGUGACUCAUACGGGGAGCUGUUGGCCAAGUAUUGUGGUCAGACCAUCCCCAGCAUUCCUAUUGUAGUCUUUACCCCAGACCUCUGGGUCCAUUUCCAGACGGACGCCUCUCAGGGAGACCUGGGCUUCAAGGCCAAGUACUUGUUCUCUGAGUGCGGAGGCUGGCAGACAGGUGAGGGAGGGGUGUUAUCCAGUCCUAAUUACCCCAACAUCUACCCCAGCCCCAGUCGCUGUGCUUGGCUGCUAGAGGCUCCAGUGGGCCACACUAUUACGCUAACCUUCGGCUACUUCAGCCUGGAACCCCACUCUGAAUGCCACUGGGACUCUGUCACCAUCUUUAAUGGAGGAUCCCCUGGCUCCCCUGUUAUUGGCCAGUACUGUGGGACCACCUCCCAG